AUGGCUACAGUGGUUAAAGGAUCCGAAUUCAUUGUAUACAUGUUAGACAAAAUGCUGUUGAAAAUUGAAAACACCCUAUUGAGAAGUCAUCGUCAACGCGAAACCACCGGCAUCAAGAAAUUAUACAAUUCAUUUUUUGUCAUGUUUUAA